AUUGGGAAGCGUGUCUUGACGCGUCCCGCGGUCCGUCAAUAUCCACAUCGCUGGCUUUCCCGAGCAACAGUCAACCUCUCCUCCGGGAACAAGUCAGAUAACCGCGAAAAUGAACCGCAUCGACAUCAAGAGGCGAAAUGUCGUCGACCACCGCAAGAAGCAGUUCGCGGAUCCGGCUUACAAGCAGACGCAGUAUCCGCACCGCUUGAACUUCUACUCGACGCCGCCCACCGCCGAUAUUACGCUCGAGCAAUUCGAACAAUGGGCGAUUGACAGGUUACGGAUCCUCGCCGAACUUGAGGCGUGUUCCUUCCGCAACAAGACCCCCGCCGAAACCGCGCUGCACAUGAAGCCGCUCCUCGACAAGUACCUCCCACUCGACGCCAGCAGCUCGGGCCACUCGCAGCUGCAAGCACAGCGUCAGAAGGACCACUACAGCCACUUCAUCCUGCGCCUGGCCUUCGCGUCGACCGAGGACCUGCGGCGGCGCUUCACCCGCGUCGAGACCAUGCUUUUCCGCCUGAGAUUUCAGGCUGACGAUUCGCGCGAGCGCGCCGCCUUUGUGCGGACCCUCAAUCUCGACUGGGAGCCCGUGUCUGAGGAUGAGAAGCGCGAGUUGUCGCCGCAGCUGGCGACAACGAUUGGGUUCGGCUACGGCAAGAGGGCGCAGCAGGUGAUGGAUGAGGAGUGGUGCAAGGUUGACUGGAUGCGGGUGCCGGAUCUGAUUGAGGGCCGCAAGGUGUACGUCAAGGCGGGAAAGGCAUACGUGCCCGGGAGGGAGCAGCAGAGUAUGGUAUUGAAUGCCUUUACCAAGCGGUUAGAGCAAGCGUUGGAGCUCACAGCCCGCGCGCUCCCACGGCUGGACGAAGAUGACCGCCUCACUCCCAUCCUCAACCACCUCUCCAAGAAUUUCAUCGCGCCCGAUUCCAGUUACACGGGCUCCGGGAUGGCCAUCGAGAGCGCCGAGAUCUCGGCGCGCAACAUUGACAACCUCUCGCAGCACUUCCCGAUGUGCAUGAACCACCUGCACCGCUCGCUGCGGCGCGACGCGCACCUUAAGCACUUCGGCCGGCUGCAGUACACGCUCUUCCUCAAGGGCAUCGGGCUAAACCUCGAAGAGGCUCUCGUCUUCUGGCGGUCGAGCUUCAACAAGAUCACCGACGACACGUUCAACAAAGAGUACCGCUACAACGUGCGGCACUCGUACGGCGACGUGGGCGGCGACUCGAACCGGCGCAGCGGCGGCUACAGCCCCUACAGCUGCCAGAAGAUCCUGACGGAGCACGCGCCGGGGCCCGGAGAGGCGCACGGCUGCCCGUACCGGCAUUUCAGUCUGGAGAACCUGACGACGCUGCUCCGCGCGUCCGGCGUGACGGACCGUGCGGUGCUGCAGGGCGUCAAGGAGGAUACCGAAAGCCAGAAGUUCCACAUGGCGUGUAACCGUGUGUUUGAACACCUCCACAAGACGGAGCUCAAACGGGCCAAGGACGAGGGUGUCAUGACGGCUGCGCAACUCGAGACCAUUGUGCACCCGAACGAAUACUUUAAGCGAAGCUACCUGCUCAAGAAUAUGAAUAAACAGAAGCAGCAGGUUGAUGUGAAGAUGGAAGGGUGAUGGACUCAUCGUUAAGGUAAACGGGCUGAGAAAGGCUGGGCAUGCGGGAGGGUCAGCUGGGUUGGUGUCUGACACACCCUCCCCUCCGACCACAGUUUAUCACUGCGAAGGCACGAGGAAUGUGCAUGAAAUGGGUGUUAGUGGUGCGGAGGGCAUGGAUUUCAGUUUGCUUUGCGUCUGUAACCCCGCUGUGAGUGGCAGCGUCCGUGACGAGCAUGUGAAGGCGCAGGGCGUAAUCGGAGAAGGGAGGGUCAGGAGUUUAGUCAGGUUCCUAGUGCAUAUCGGGCUGUCUCGUUCCCAUGAGCACGUUGUAACUGCAGCCUCAUCUUUCAGAACUAGAGAAAUGCCUCAGCAGAUAGGUCAUACGGAUGGGUGCUCGAUCCAAAAUGAAAAGAAAGCCGAAGGCCGAGACGGCUCCGUUCGGGCAUGGCGUUGGGACACGUGACCGAUUACCACCGUUAGCGUAAGAUUACACGAAAACAGUACUGUG